ACCAGACACCUCAACAAGACCAUCAGUCUUGGUAAGAAUCACCAUAGAUAUUUUCGCUUUUGACCGUCGUCCCUGCAUUUCCACCUGGCUACUCCCCCUUCGAUAUUAUUUCUCCAAUCUAUCUUACAACCAUUGGCUAGACGUGUUUCCCUAAUUUACCCCAGUCGAUAUCAAGAUGUUGCUUUUCCAGUUUGCAUUUUGCAUCAGUCUGUUAGCAUUCAACAACCUUGUCACUUCUGCUCCAACCCGUGCUUGUCUUUUGUUUGCCGUAGGCUCUCAACCAAAUCCGGACGAUCUCCAGGCCAUAUGCAUCACAAAUGGCCAGCGGAUAAAGGAUACAAUCGCAGACAUAUGCGGCGAUGAUACCAAGGUGGCUAUGCAGCAAUUCUCAGACACGUGUGCCUCAGCUGGGUACAAAGUUGUGAACGAUACAUUCACCAUCUCCGGUGUCUCAUCAUCCACUGCUGUGCCCAAUCCCACUCAGAUCAGUUCUGUCCUUGCCACUCCAACCGGAUCAUUCAGCAUUAUCUCCAGCUCCAGCUCCAGCCCUCUUCCCAGCUCCAAUUCUAGCUCGACACCAAGCUCUUACCCUAGCCAGGUGAUUUCAGCUGGUACGUCAGGCCGCCAUGUUCCUGCGGCAGCAUUUGCAGCUGUUGUCUUCGGAGUUGCGGCGGCACUGUAG